AUGUGGGCGAAGCAGGCAGGCAACGCCAUUCGGUCACUAGGGCAGACGAUUGAUCGCGUCGGUAUUUUGCUGGAGGGAAAAUAUACCUAUACAGAGCACUUAAACCCUUCGACGCGUGCUGUGAAAAACCUCGGACGCUCGCCUACAUUUGGAAAGGGCGUGUUUGUGGCUCCUAAUGCAUCGGUAAUUGGCGACGUGAAGGUGGGCAAGGGCAGCUCUAUUUGGUACAAUGCUACGGUACGCGGUGACGUCAACUGCAUUACUAUCGGUGACCACACGAAUAUUCAAGACCAAGCUGUGAUACACGUGGCCAAGAUUCGCAAUGACAUCCCAACGAAGAUCGGUAACUACGUAACUGUGGGUACUGCCGCCAUCGUCCACGCUUGUACCAUCGAGGACCACUGCAUUAUUGGCACGGGUGCGCAGGUGCUAGACGGUUCUGUUGUCGGAGCGAAGUCGAUCAUCACUGCUGGAUCCAUCGUUACCUACGGUAAGCAAGUUCCUCCGGGCCAGCUUUGGUCAGGCGUUCCCGCCCGCUACUUGCGCGACCUUACAGCCGAGGAGAUGCAAUUCUUGCAGCAGUGCUCGGCUGAGUAUACGCAGCUGGCCGAGCAGCAUGGUGAGGAGUGUGCCAAGACCUUUGAAGAGUACGAAGCUGAUGCGAAACGGUUCAAGAUAUUGCGAGAUGUAGGCGAGACUGGUUUGCUUCAAAAGGACGAAACGCGCAAAGAUACUGGUCUUUACUUUCGUUACUAG